GAAGGAGUUGGGAGCCUGACCGGAAGGGGAAACGGGCGGGGAGAUCCGUCGGUGGGCCCUCUCCCGCUUGGCGUGAGGGCCGCCCGGCUUCCUGACAGCGCUUGCGGGCAGCCGCCCCGGAGAGAGGCCUCCGGCAUGGCCGCGGUCGUGGAGUUCAAAACCUUCGUGGAUCAAGCAUGUAGAGCAGCAGAAGAAUUUGCAAAUAUUUAUUAUGAAACCAUGGAUAAAAGAAGGCGGGUGUUAACCAGACUUUACACUGAUGAUGCAACUCUAGUUUGGAACGGGAAUGCUAUAUCUGGCCAAGAUGCCCUUGGUAAAUUCUUUGAGAUGUUGCCAUCUAGUGAAUUUCAAGUUAACACGUUUGAUUGCCAGCCUGUUCAUGAGCAAGCGACUCAGAAUCAGACUACCGUUCUUGUUGUGACCUGCGGGACUGUCAAAUUUGAUGGGAAUAAGCAGCAGUACUUCAACCAGAACUUCUUGUUAACAGCACAGACCACAAAUAACAACACCGUCUGGAAAGUCAUGAGUGAUUGUCUCCGUUUCCAGGAAUGACCUUAUUAGUGGGGAGCAGCAGUGGAUGUUUUCGUCUGGAUUUUUAUUUUUUUAUAAAUACCCCUGGCUUUUGGGAUGGGCCUGUUGAGUAUGGACAUUCACCUCUCUCUCCACACCUCUUUGUACGUUCCACAGCUUCAUAACAGAAUAAAUGGUUUUUUAAUGGAAGAACUUCCCUGCCUUCAAGAUUACAUUAGGCUGCAUCAGAAGCAAAAGACUUCUGGUUUAUUUGUCUUGGUUACCCUUUUAGGUGACAGUGGAACCAGUUCGGUAGGAAUUCUGGGCACUUCCUUAUAUUAACAGAUCCCAAAUUUGGCACAUGGCAGACCUUCCUCCUCCUUUGAGUAUUUUGGGAGAAAUGCUACUAGGGACAAGUUUUGUUCGCUUCAGUGAGAAUUAAAAUGGUGGUGGAAGAGACAAAGAUUGUAGCUGUAAUUCAUGAGGUCUUUUGGAAUUUGCAGAUCUUGCUGAAACAAAUACAAGGAAUAUGCUAGUGGCUUGGUGAAGCAUGAGUGUGUUGCAGAUACAUCACUUUGGAAUUCC